CAUAAAUACUUUAUACAAACAAAUAGCCGCAGAGGAGAUUAUUCUAAGAAGGAUAAAAGAUACUUUCGUGGAAGAUGAAAUGUAUUUAUGACGUUAUAAGAAUUAUAAAUAUUGGCAGGCAAAGUGGAAUCUUUUAUAACUUAAGAAUUCACAGAGGAAAAGUAUAUGGGAAACAAGUUAAGCUUCACUAAGGGAGAACUACGAGAAAAAUGAUUUACUGCAAGAAGAUGAUAAUGAAAGCAGCUUUAUUAUAUCAACUUCUGUUCCUGGUAAAAUCGCAAAUACAACUGGUGCCGGUUCAAUUUGUUACAAAAGAAAGCAUCGUCUCACAUGCCAGUGACGUCAACCAGUUUAAUCUUCGCUUGUGUGGUGGUGAUUUAUACAAUCACCAACAUGCGACUGUGAAUCUUAUCUUACCAAUGCAACCAUGGAGCCCUGCGAUUGGUAAUGGUGUUUAUCUAAGAGCAAAUGUAUACGACGCAAACAAUCAUUUAUUAGCAGACAACAAGGAUGGCAAGGGUAGCUUUGUUGACAAAUUCACUUUUCCUUAUUAUAAAACAUAUGGUGACCUACUUAUAAACAUAACGACAGCUCCAACUCCCAGUAUAACCUAUAGAAUAGUUGUCAACUUUGAAAAAAACGUAACGAUGGAACAAAACAAAUCGAUGUUUCCAAUAAAGCGGAAAGCCUACAAUAUGGAACAAAGCACAGUGCACAUAAAACAACCAAUCACUGGUCAUACUUCUGACCUUGUAUCAAUAUUUCUAACAUCUGGAACUAUUAAUACGGCCGAAAGUACAUUGUUGGAGUUGAGUUAUUGCAUUAAUCCAGCUGAGUUACCAGGAUACGUCGAUAUAAAUAUAGUUUCGGUUGACAAAUUAUCAGGCUUUGCAACAUUUGCAUGUCCGGCCAGUGUGAGACCAUGCACAACUGAAACUGCAAAAUUUUUUGACGUGUCUGGUUUACCAAUCAACUUCGUACGUGUUUUUAUGACACAUUCAACGGAUGCAGGACCUGUUCAGCUCAUCGUUAUUGGUUAUGGUAAGUAUGAAGGAACUAACAAAUUUUUACUAGAUGCAUCUGAAUUCAAAAGGCAAACCUGAGCGUAAAACUACUAUUUUUGACAAUUUUUAUUAGUUGUUGAAUAUGGAGACUUUUACGUUUCAGGAUUUCUUAGCAAACGUUUGUUCGUCUUUUUUCUCUUUCACUUUCUUGAACGAAAUUUUACCCUCUGUGUUAGAUUAAGUUUUUAUUAGACAAGAUUAUAUUUUUUAUAUAUGUUAUAUAUCUUUUAAUUUGAAAAAUAGAACUAGAUUUUCUUUUUUUGCAGCCAUGAUUUUUUAAAUUUCUGGAUAUUGUAUCUCCUGUUGAGCAGAGUUUGUUUGAAAUUCUAGCCUUGUUUCGAUUUGUGUUCGUUAGCCGGUUCUAAAAACUUCAAUAUUUAAAAAAUUAAUUUUUAUAUUUUUUCUAGGUUAUAUUUUUACUGUGUAUAAUUUAACACGUCAAUUAUUGAUAGAAUUUCGAGCCAUUUUCUUCAUUCAGUGUCUAGUUAAAAAAUUUUUUAGGAAGUGUGUCAAAUCGCUUAUAUGAAUAGAAUUCAAACUGCUGUAAAUGCACGGUCAAAUAUCAGUCACGUGCAAUUUCGAGAAUUACUACAAAUUGCCUAUAUUAUUUCAAUUUACUUUGUAUAUUCUUUUUUGCUUGUUUGUUUGUUUUUGUUUGUUUUUUAUUAUUUUUUUUAUUUUUUUGUUUGUUUUGAGUUUUUUGGGUUGUUGUUUUUUGUUUUUUUCAUACAUAAAAUCCUUUAUAUGUAAGCUAAGGCUAGAUGUGUUGCUUUUUCAGCCUAACGAAAAAAUAAAAAAAAAUAUGUUCAGAUUGACGAAUGAUAAUAAUUAACUUUUAGGAUUGAAAGGUACAUAGAUACCACGUAUAUAAAAUAGAAGAAAAAGCAAUUGUUUUAAUGUAAUACACCAAUCCGACAUCUCCCGGGACCGUGCGGAAAAAAGGGUCUGGGGGAAAGUUAGUGCACACAAAUUUCUAGCGCCUUCGGUAGUUUUGAAGCUCAAGCUGCGAAGAGUGGUUGUUAAUUUUAUUUGCAGCUUUUAUUUUAAGUUAUAGUUUGCCAUGAAUUACGAAAUUGUCAAUAAAAUGAAUGUGGAUGAGUUAAAGAUGUUCCUCAGGCUUCGUGGUUUAAAGUUUUUAGGUAGAAGGUACAACACAGGAGGUAGAAGGUCAACUGAUGCAAGAAUAUCAAGCCAAACUCCUACAUAGUGAGGUACUACUGCCUGAUCCCAAUUAUUUAACGUGUUGUUGGAUUUGUGAAACUGAUGGUAUUACUCAGUGGCAAAUGCAAAUGGGUGUUACAGGUUGUCAACAUUGUUAUUUUUUUAUAUGAACUCCACAUGGAUACAUUUUGAACAAACUGGAUUUUAAUGAAGAGUACUGGAAUGACUUAACAUCUACAUUCAGUAAGUUUUACGAUCACUAUUUAACCUCAUUUCACAGCUCAUAAUAUAGCCCAAAAGAAGUAAUAAGAACGGUUAUUUUUAU